AUGUAUGCAGGUACAAACGAGCCCGGCCACCGGAGGGGCCGUAAGCAUGAACUUCAAACGACAUCUGUCAACUGCUUUGAUAUCAUCAUCGUCAAUAACAACAGUCGCGAAGAAGAAAUUGCCCUGGUGCACCCUGCUAGCACCCUUGAGAAUAUUAUCUUCUGCAUUGGUAUAAUGGCAGGAAUCUCGAUACAACCCGCCUCAGAAGCCGACCUCGAUGAUCUGGUCAGGAUUCAGUUUGCUGCCAUUGGUGCCUUUGGGCAUGAAACGCUCGUGUCCGGCGAAGCAAGCCCUGCCAACAUGUCCAUCAUGGCCGAGAGGCACGCUCAACACAUGCGUGCUAACCCUGGGUUGAUCGUCGCCAAGGCGCAGGUGUCCGACGGGCGUGUGGCGGGCUUCGGCAUGUUUUAUUUUCCAGACCCGGAUGCUGCUUCCAACGACCGUGAAAAGGUGGUGACGCCACUGCGUUCUGCCAGCGACGACCCGGACUGGGCGCGCAUCACUAUCCAGGCACCUUGGAUCGAGGACGAGGACAGACGUCGAAGAGCGGAGACGUUUCUACGGUUCAUCCACAACGAGAAACAGAAACAUGUGAAACAUAACGAGUGUAUAUACAUAAGAUACAUGUGCGUCGACCCAACCUUUCAGCGUCGUGGGGUGGGCAAAUCGCUCAUGUCGUGGGCCUGUAAUCGCUUGGACGCGUUGAAGCUGGAUGCAUAUCUGGAAGCCUCGCCCGCUGGUGAAGCCCUUUACCGUCAAUUUGGAUUCGAGGUCGUUGGCCGCACAAAAGACGUCUUGGGGGAUGGACUCAAAAUGGAAUAUGCUCAUAUGUGGAGGAAUCAUAGCUCGUGA